CCCCUUUCAACCUUUUGAGGUAGAUACUUGUUAUUUCUUUUGUUGGUAUAUAUUUUACUGCAAUUUAUUUACUUCCAAUUUCCAAAUGUUAAUACCCUUCAAAAUAAUGCCCCUUGAGCUAUGGUGUUUGGAUCAUAGAAUCCUAGUUGCCCCUGAAAUAAAAAUUGUCCUAGUAAUGUUCACUGACUAGUAUGAAGAUUAUAUAUUUCUCAGGAUACCCCAGAACUGAAUACUGGUUAAUGUUAGCAGUGGACACUACAUGAAACUGGGUGAGAACUUGAUAGUUCAAUAUCAUAGUAUCAACAAUAAUUUGUCCCCCUUAUUUACAAUGUCCAUUGAAGUUCUAAUAGAAAUUAGUUAAUAUAUACAUUAUUUGGUUGUAUAUGAUGUUAUGUGGUAGCAGGUUUGAGUAACUGUUUCUGGAUCAGUUUUGUUCAAUGUCCUUCAUCAACUGAGAAUAAUUGCACAAACAGCUGGUAUAGGCACAUUAAUGAAACGAUCAUAGAGAUUAAUAAAAUGUCAAGUCAUGAGGGAACUUAACUUGUGUUUCUGGUUUGUCUUACAUAGUCCAGAUUUAGAUCAGUCUUUUCACCCCUUUUCUGCUUUAUUUCUCGGUACUCAAUAGUUAAAUCCAACUACACCUCCCUCCACUGAAGCAACCACUAGGCCAAGUGGGCUCUCCCCUUUCCCUCAUCUCACUCCCAAAACUGCCCUCUUUUCUCUUUACUCAACCUGGAUGGAACAAGCACAGGUUGGUGGUGAUGGCGCCGAACCACCCCUCCAAUACCAGACAUGGACGUUAAGAGUGUCUAUCCACUGUGGGGGUUGCAUGAAGAAAGUAAAGAAAGUGCUCCAAUCCAUCGAAGGGGUAUAUACAAUACAUAUAGAUCCAAAACAGCACAAAGUAACCGUUAAGGGAAAUGUGGACGCCAAUAUAUUGAUCAAGAAGCUGGUGAAGUCAGGGAAACGCGCCAAUCUGUGGACAGAAGAUAGUUUCGAUGACAAAAAAAAUGAGGAACCUGACAAUCCUCCUACAGGAAAUGGUGCUGGAAAGGAAAAUCAAACUGGACAUGAUGAUGACAGGGAGAUGGACGAAACCUCUGGCGAUGAUGGUGGUGGCGAAAAGGCCCCUGCAGCUCAGGGUAGUGCUCCAGGUGGUGCCGGAGCAGGAGCUGGUGGGAAGAAGAAGAAGAAGAAAAAGAAAAAGAAAAAGGUAAACAUUACUUUGCCAAAUGGUGGUGGUGAACCAACAGGUGCAAACACUGGAGGAGCUCCGCCGCCGGCAGAAACCUCCGGCAAACCUGCUGAUCAAACCAGUACAAAUCCUCCAUGUCUGCAAAUCUCGCCAUACCCGCACUCCUACUAUGCUUCUCCAGAUUACAGGAUGAGUUACAACACUACACCACCUACGGCAAGUCUUACUUCUGCAUAUUAUUAUACUUUGCCCAUGCAUUCUUACACAUACUUAGGCCAUCGAAAUUAUCUGCCACUUAUUGAUCGACAUGAUAGUUACUACUGUGAUGAUGAAAGUGAUUGCUCGAUCGUCUAAUAAUACAAUCUUUGCAUGAUAGAAAUGGCGAUAUAAUGUAAUAACAAGAUGUUUUCUCUAUUGCCAUUGCAUACGGUUCAUCAUUUAAUAUCA